AUGAAAAUGCCUUUUUCUUCACAAUUGAAAUGGUCUUCCCAUGAAUUUGCUUUGUGCCUUCAAAAAUGCGUGAAAGCAAAGGCCUUGAGACCGGGCGUGCAGGUCCAUGCCACGUUAGUCACUAGUGGAACAAACAUGAACGUUUUGUCUCUAGAUUCAAAGCUUGUUGGAAUGUACGCUAGUUGUGGUGAUCUGAAAUCAGCUAGGCUUUUGUUUCAAACAAUUGAACACCCCAAUGUUUUUGCAUUCAAUUGGAUGGUUUUGGGGUUGGCUUACAAUGGUCACUUUGAUGAUGCAUUGUUGUACUUUCGUUGGAUGCGUGAGGUUGGCCACAUGGGCAACAAUUUCACCUUUUCCGUUGUUCUUAAAGCCUGUAUUGGCGUGAUGGAUGUGAAUAUGGGGAGACAGGUUCAUGCCAUGGUUUGUGAAAUGGGUUUUCAAAAUUAUGGCUCCAUUGCCAAUGCUCUCAUAGAUAUGUAUGGCAAAUGUGGGGGCAUUUCUUAUGCGCUCAGGGUGUUUGAUGGAAUGCGUGACAGAGAUGUUGCCUCGUGGACGUCAAUGAUUUGUGGGUUUUGUAACGUGGGGGAAAUUGAGCAAGCAUUGAUGUUGUUUGAGAGGAUGAGGUUGGAAGGAUUGGAACCAAAUGAUUUCACAUGGAAUGUGAUUCUUGCGGCUUAUGCUCGGUCAAGUGAUAGCAGUAAAGCUUUUGCUUUCUUUGAGAGGAUGAAAACGGAAGGUGUUGUUCCUGAUGUGGUUGCAUGGAAUGCAUUGAUUUCUGGGUUUGUACAAAAUCGUCAAGUCAGGGAAGCGAUUAAGAUGUUUAGGGAGAUGAUACUUUCAGGGAUUCAGCCAAAUCAAGUGACUGUCGUUGCACUUCUUCCUGCAAGUGGAUCGGAAGGUUGUAUUAAAUGGGGAAAAGAGAUUCAUGGAUUUGUAUGCCGGAAGGGAUUUUAUGCGAAUGUUUUCGUUGCCAGCGCUCUCAUUGACAUUUAUUCGAAGUGUGGAAGUUUGAAAGAUGCUCAAAAUGUAUUUGACAGUAUUCCAUGUAAGAAUGUUGCAUCGUGGAAUGCAAUGAUUGAUUGUUAUGGAAAGUGUGGCCUGGUUGAUUCCUCAUUGGAGCUGUUUAAAAAAAUGCAGGAAGAAGGACUGCAACCCAAUGAAGUUACUUUUACAUGUGUUCUUUCAGCAUGCAGCCAUAGUGGUUCAGUGCAGAAAGGUUUAGAGAUUUUCUCAUCAAUGAAUGAAUGUUAUGGGAUUGAGGUAAGCAUGAAGCAUUAUGCUUGUGUGGUUGAUCUCUUGUGCCGCUCCGGAAGGACGGUGGAAGCAUAUGAUUUUUUCAAAGCCUUGCCAAUACAAGUCACAGAGUCGAUGGCUGGAGCUUUCCUACAUGGGUGCAAAGUCCAUGGAAGAAGAGAUCUGGCUAAAAUGAUGGCAGAGGAAAUAAUGCAAAUGAAGUUAAAAGGACCUGGUAGCUUUGUUACACUAUCAAAUAUAUAUGCUGCUGAAGGUGACUGGGAAGAGGUUGGGAAUGUAAGGAAUGUGAUGAAAGACAUAAAUGUCAAUAAGCAGCCUGGUUUUAGUUGGCUUGAAGGUACAUGA